UCUAAUGUGUCCAAACAAGAAAAGUGCUUAAAUGUCAAACAUCAUUGGUCUUGUGUAGCAUUGUUCGUCCAAACAAUUCAUCCCCUCUCUCUCUCCGACCAACGUACCACCAACAACAAACAAAACUCGCCGUUCUUUUCACUUUUCACUCCUCCUCAAAACAAACGACACACUUCUGAAAAUUCCCACCUUAGAAUCUCCGAAUCCUUUCAGUUCCCUCCGCUUUGGUCGAUUAUUUGUCGAAUUCCUCAUCUGGGCAUCUAUAAUUUUCCUUCUACUCUAAUGGGUUUGCUAGAAUCAAUUACCACCAUGCGGUUUUGGAGUCUGUGAAAGACUGGGAUUUUGGAUGCUUUUUCUUUUGCUUUCAGGAAUGGCUUUUAGAGUUGGUUCCUCGUUCUCUUGUUUAUUAUCUGCGGCUCUUUAUUCUCCUUCUCACACCAGGAAUCGUUUUAAGCUGAACUUAUCACAAAGAUCAUACAAUGACCUGCAACAUGAAGCUAGCCUGCGAAGAUAUGCUAGAGAUAAGUCAUGCAAAUUCAUCCAUGGAAUACUGUACUCAAGGGUAAGGUCACCGAAGUGGCACGGUACUCUCUUUGCAGUUUCUGAAGAUCAGUCACUACAUGAUGAGAUAACAUUAGUUGCUUCAGAGCAAGAAAAUAACUUUCCUAACACUGAAGAUAUAUCAACUGCCAGCAGUUCAAAUUUCCAUUUUGACGGUGCCGGCGGAAGACCUGGUUUUAUCUCUUUCUAUAACCGUCCGUACAAAAGAGACGAUGAAGCCCACAUGGCUAGCUCAGAGGGGAAUCCUAACAACUUCUUGUGGUUUCUUGGUCCGGCAGUACUUGUGGCCUCUUUUCUAUUUCCCUCCCUUUAUUUGCGCAGAGUGCUCUCUGCUGUAUUUGAGGACUCUUUGUUGACAGAUUUCCUCAUAUUGUUCUUCACGGAAGCUCUUUUCUACUGUGGCGUUGCUGUGUUUCUUCUUCUGAUUGACCAUUUAAGGAGGCCUACGGUACUAGAUUCUGCUGUAAAUACAAGCAACUCCACGACCCCCCAACUGGGACAGAGAAUCUCAUCCGUCGCUGCUCUGGUACUUAGUCUUAUAAUUCCCAUGGUGACAAUGGGCUUGGUCUGGCCUUGGACUGGUCCUGCAGCAUCUGCCACUCUCGCACCAUACCUAGUUGGCAUAGUUGUCCAAUUUGCAUUUGAGCAGUAUGCAAGAUAUACAAAGUCCCCGUCAUGGCCCGUUAUCCCGAUAAUCUUUCAGGUGUACAGAUUGCACCAACUGAACAGAGCAGCCCAACUGGUAACAGCUCUGUCGUUUACGGUCAGAGGCGCCGAGAUGACAUCGCAUAACUUGGCAAUAAACAGUUCCCUUGGAACGCUUUUGAAUGUCCUUCAGUGUCUUGGGGUUAUCUGCAUUUGGUCUCUUUCAAGCUUCCUCAUGAGAUUUUUCCCUUCAAAUGCAGUUUCUGCUCAAUGAAGCGUAAACUUCACACAAUAAGUGGUAAAACUACUGCAAAGUAUAAUUCACACUUCACAGUCCGUACUCUUUUUUUUAGUUUGUCAUGUUUUAGGUGGCAGUUUAAAAGCAAAUUGGUAAUGAAGCAUUUUGACUUGUUUAAAGCUAGUUACAAAGAUUGUCCCGGAUUUUUGUAUACGGAGGAGAUACCACUAAAUGCAGGAAAGCAAGGCUUUUUUUUUUUUCCUUUUUUUUUUUUUUUUCAUGUGCUUUCUUGCAAGUGAAUACCGGUUGUAGAUUAAUUAUUUUCUGCCACAGACUAUCCACUGUGUUGGAAAAUGAGCAAUAAAUUUUGUUGGGAUGU